AUGAUUGGGAUGAAGAAUUCAGUGCUGAAAAGAAUGUUUAUGACUGAUACUAAAUCCAAUGUCCAAGAAGAGGCUCUGAAACCUGAAAUUGAGCAAGUGUUUAAUGCCUUCACUGAUCAUGGGGCUGUGUACUAUGACCCAAGUUUAGAUAAUGUGAUCUGCUGCGUCAACGAAGACUCCACCAAUAUCAAGGUUAUGAUUGUCGAUAUUGAAAGCGUCACUUUUCCCGAUCCUAUCAAGCCUUGGGAAUCCACGAUUAACCAGGGCAACGCAAACUCUCUGAUGGGAGACCUGAUAGAUAUUCGACAACAAAAUUGUGAUCAUUCACAUGCGAGUUCCAAAAUGACUGAACCUGGUGAUGAUAGUACUUGGAAGAUGGCUCAGUCUAGUAUCCAUACGCAGCUGGCGAGUCAACAUUCUGAGGCUUCCUGCCAUAUCAUGGUAUAA